UCCAAAAAUGCCACCCAAAUCAAUCUCCCCAAAACCCUACUUCUUCUAUGGCCACCGGAAGCCCUCCCAGAACCGCCCAGUUGUUUAUGGCGGCCUCUUUUCGAACCGUCAGAUCCUCAAACCACCCCAAACUCCUCCACCACUUUCACCGCCCUUUGAUCUCCACAAAUGGGACCCACACCACCUCUCUCGGAAUCCAUCGCUGCCGCCAGUCAUUCCCAAUCCACACCAAAACCCUAAACUCUCACCAAUCGCCCGAUUCAUCAUCGAUGCCUUCCGCAAGAACCAGUACACUUGGGGACCAACUGUUGUCUUUGAACUCAACAAGCUCCGUCGUGUUACUCCCUCGCUCGUGGGGGAAGUGCUCAAAGUCCAAGACGACCCCGUUUUGGCAUCCAAAUUCUUUCGCUGGGCUGGUACCGGAACUAAUGGAUUCGCAAGGGAAACCGCCGACUGAAAAGCAGUUUGAAAUUCUAAUACGCAUGCAUGCUGAUAACAAUAGAGGACAAAGGGUUUAUUAUGUGUAUCAGAAAAUGAGGAAUUUCGGAAUUAAGCCGCGUGUUUUCUUGUAUAACCGAGUAAUGGAUGCAUUGAUCAAAACUGGAUAUUUAGAUUUAGCAUUGUCUGUGUAUGAGGAUUUUAGAGGGGAUGGUUUGAUGGAGGAAAGCAUUACAUUCAUGAUUUUGAUCAAGGGUUUAUGUAAGGCUGGGCGGAUCGAAGAAAUGCUAGAGGUUUUAGGGAAGAUGAGGGACACGUUAUGUAAGCCUGAUGUUUUCGCCUAUACGGCUAUGAUUAGGAUCUUGGUUUCCAAAGGAAAUUUGGAUGGGUGUUUGCACGUUUGGGAGGAGAUGCAGCGGGAUAGGGUGGAGCCGGAUGUAAUGGCGUAUGUGACAUUAAUUGCAGGGUUGUGCAAGGGAGGCCGGGUGCAGCGAGGGUAUGAGUUGUUUAAGGAUAUGAAAAAGAAAGGGAUAUUGAUCGAGAGGGCGACCUAUGGUGUCUUAAUAGAAGGAUUCGUGAAGGACGGGAAGGUUGGCUCUGCUUGUGGUUUGUUGAAGGAUUUGAUGGAUUCUGGUUAUAGGGCCGAUUUGGGGAUUUACACUUCACUUAUCGAAGGCUUGUGUGAUGCGAGGCUGAUCGAUAGAGCGUAUAAGCUUUUUCAGGUAACCGUUCAAGAGGGCUUAGAGCCGGACUUUGCGACCGUGAAGCCGAUGUUGCUGGCAUUUGCAGAGAUGAGACGAAUGUCUGACUUUUGCAAGUUGCUAGAGCAGAUGCAGAAGUUAGGAUUUUCUAUUAAUGAUGAUCUCUGUAAGUUCUUCUCGUUUGUGGCUGAGGAGGAGGAAAGAACAGUAAUGGCUUUACAAGUGUUUGACGAGUUAAAAGCAAAAGGUUACAGUAGUGUCCCGAUAUAUAAUAUUCUGAUGGGGGCUCUCCACAAGACUGGGAAGGUGAAGCAAGCAUUUUCACUAUUUCAAGAGAUGAAGGAUAUGAAUCUCGAGCCCGACUCCUCUACAUAUAGUAAUGCAGUAUUAUGCUAUGUUGAAGAUGAGAACUUUAAGGAUGCUUGCAUCUGCCAUAACAAAAUUAUAGAGAUGUCAUGUGUUCCUUCCAUUGAAGCAUACCAUUCUCUCACUAAAGGUCUCUGCAAAAUCGGUGAGAUCGAUGCAGCUAUUAUGUUGGUUUGUGAUUGUUUAGGUACUGUUACAUAUGGACCCAUGGAAUUUAAGUACACUCUUACUAUCCUCCACGCCUGUAAAUCAGGUGCUGAGAAAGUGAUGGAAGUGCUGAAUGCAAUGAUGCAAGAAGAUUUGCCUCCAGAUAACAUUGUAUGUUCCGGAAUUAUAGCCGGCAUGUGCAAGUAUCGGACUGUAGAAGAGGCGAGGAAGGUGUUUGCUAAUUUGAGAACCCGGAAACUGAUAACCGAAGCUAAUCUGAUCGUAUAUGAUGAAUUUUUGAUUGAUUACAUGGAAAAGAAAGCAGCAGACCUUGUGCUUUCGGGGUUGAAGUUCUUCGGUCUGGAAUCUAGACUAAAAGCAAAGGGCUCCACCUUGUUGUCUUAGAUCAAACUAUGAUGCAGUUGCAGUUUAAUUGGUUUCGGGAUUGAAGUUCGUCCACUUGGUUUUGAGAUGGAAAAGCCUUCCGAUAUGACAUCAGCAGUCCGGAAUAUACUGCUCUUAUGUGCUGCAAUCUAUUUCACCAUCGGAGAUUCAAUCAUGGCAGAUAUACUCGUUAACUUUGAUCGAAGUUCCAGUUCAGCGAUCGGAUCUUCACUCAAUGACAUAGUUCGAAUGAGCUACACAUUUCACAUCAUGCUGGUAUUCCCUCUUUUAAACUUCUCGUUACGAGCCAACAUCCAACAUCCAACAUCCAGUAUUUUCUUUUUCCAGAGAACACUCUCCUGGCAAAAGGCGACACCAGAUUCAUGCCCCUCACGCUUGUACUUUUAGCCUUCGGUUACUUGGCAGCCAUAGCCAUCCCUAACUUAUGGUACUUCUUUCAAUUCAUGGGAUAAAGUUGUGCCAAUUUUAUUUUAAA